CGCACUUGGCAGAUCUGGAUGGACAAGGCUGCGCCGCACACCGCUCCGAGGUGGGCCGCGACGGUGUUCAUCAUGCUUGCCUACUGCCUCCGCGUGUACCUGAUCAACGGGUGGUAUAUCAUCACCUAUGGGCUGGGGAUCUAUGCGCUGAACCUGCUGAUUGGCUUCCUCUCGCCGGCGACGGACCCGGAGACGGAGGGACCCACGCUGCCGACGUCCAAGGACGACGAGUUCCGGCCCUUUGUGCGCAGGCUACCAGAGUUCAAGUUCUGGCGCGGUCUCGCCGCGGCUCUGGCGGCGCGGCGGCUGGUGUCUGAGGGUGCGCGGUGGACCGGUAGGUACGGGCUGACGAAAGCCUUCUGCGUGGCCUUCUGCAUGACCUUCUUCAGCCUCUUCAACAUCCCCGUGUUUUGGCCCAUCCUCCUCAUGUACUUUUUCGCGCUCUUCUUCUUGACGAUGAAGCGGCAGAUCAAGCACAUGAUCAAAUACAAGUACGUGCCCUUCUCGUUUGGAAAGGCAAAGUACAAGGGCAAGGAGGGGGAGGGA